GAACCCAAGCAGAAGGCUGUGUUUACUUAUCCAUCCGACCGAGGCCACUUCUCUGCCCAGCUCAAACAAGGUGUGUGUGUGUGUGUGUGCGCAUGUAUACGUUCAUGCACACACACUCAGCAGGAAACACUGACUUCUUGUGUGCCUGUGAGUUUGUGUGUGUGUGUGGGAGAGAGGAGUACUGAGUUGAGCUGAGAAGUGCCACACACUUCCACUUUAGCACAGAGAGAGGGAGAGUGUGUGUGUGAGAGAGAGAGCACCCGCGUUUGUGUGUGUGAGCGAGUGUGUGAGAGCCUGGCCAGGAUGGAGCAGGACUAAAGAAGAAGGGAGCGAGUGCAAAGCUGUGUUUACACAGAACCGAAAAAGAAAAGUGUUGAAAAGGGAGAACAUUUUGUCCUUUGUUUUUCUCCAGUUUUUUUUUUUUUGCGAAAGGAGAGGACAAGAAAGAAAGGACUAACUCUGGACAAAAAGAGGAGGGAAAUUUUUCUUUCUCUCGGAAACGGCGGCUAACACCACAUGGAAUGACGUAAAAAACAGAUGAACGGAAAGAUAAAAGAAGCUGGAUUUUUCUUCCGUCUAAAAAAAAAAAAAAAAAAAGACUUUCGUUCCCUCUCUUUUUUUCGCCGGUCGUCCACCCACUAGUGACCCACCUGAGAGCUCCGCUCCUCUCCGCUCCGCUCCGCUCCUCUCCGCUCCUCUCCGCUCCGCUCCGCUCCUCUCCGCUCCUCUGUUGUCGCCCCGGCUGGAGCUCCUCUCUCUCCCUUUAUACCAGGAGGCUAUGUUGGGGAAAAGCCUGGCUAGCCGGAACUUGCAGUGCUUGUACUGGUGCGCAUGUAAUUAAGUGUUAGUGUGAGUGUUGCGGUUAGCUUUUUUUGGGAUAGAGUGUGAGUGUGUGUGUGUGUGUGUGUGUGAGCGAUGGAGUACGACCAGCAUUCGGCCUCUCCUGGCCUUUCUCCUGCAGCGUUUGUCAACCAGGUGCAGUACUCCAACAUACUGGAGGGACGCUUCAAGCAGCUGCAAGAUGAGCGAGAGGCCGUGCAGAAGAAGACCUUCACCAAGUGGGUGAACUCUCACCUGGGCCGCGUCACCUGUCGCAUCGGCGACCUCUACACUGACCUGCGCGAUGGACGCAUGCUUAUCCGCCUGCUGGAGGUUCUCUCUGGAGAACAGCUGCCGAAACCCACUAAGGGGCGCAUGCGCAUCCACUGCCUGGAGAACGUGGACAAGGCCCUGCAGUUCCUCAAGGAGCAGAAGGUGCACCUGGAGAACAUGGGCUCCCACGACAUCGUCGACGGCAACCACCGCCUCACGCUCGGACUCAUCUGGACCAUCAUCCUCCGCUUCCAGAUCCAGGACAUCAGCGUGGAAACAGAGGACAACAAGGAGAAGAAGUCGGCCAAAGACGCUCUGCUCCUCUGGUGCCAGAUGAAGACUGCUGGGUAUCCCAAUGUCAAUGUGCACAACUUCACCACCAGCUGGAGAGAUGGCCUCGCGUUCAACGCCAUCGUCCACAAACACAGAUCGGACCUGAUCGAUUUUGACAACUUGAAGCGCUCCAAUGCUCAUUAUAACCUGCAGAAUGCCUUUAACGUGGCUGAGAAGGAGCUGGGCCUGACCAAGCUGCUGGAUCCCGAGGAUGUGAAUGUGGACCAGCCUGAUGAGAAGUCUAUUAUCACCUAUGUGGCCACAUACUACCACUACUUCUCCAAGAUGAAGGCCCUGGCUGUUGAGGGAAAGAGGAUUGGCAAGGUGCUGGACUAUGCCAUCGAGGCGGACCAGCUGAUAGAGAAGUAUGAGACCCUGGCGUCCGAGCUGCUGCAGUGGAUUGAGCAGACCAUCGUCACGCUCAAUGACCGGCAGCUGGCCAACUCCCUCAGCGGUGUGCAGAACCAACUCCAGGCCUUCAACACCUACCGCACCGUGGAGAAGCCUCCCAAGUUCACAGAGAAGGGGAACCUGGAGGUGCUGCUGUUCACCAUCCAGAGCAAGAUGAGGGCUAACAACCAGAAAGUCUACAUGCCCAGAGAGGGCAAGCUCAUCUCUGACAUCAACAAGGCAUGGGAGCGUCUGGAGAAGGCGGAGCAUGAGCGUGAGCUGGCGCUGAGGAACGAGCUGAUUCGCCAGGAGAAGCUGGAAAUGCUGGCGGCUCGCUUCGACCGCAAGGCGGCCAUGAGAGAAACCUGGCUGAGUGAGAACCAGCGCCUGGUCUCACAGGACAACUUCGGCUGUGAUCUGGGUGCGGUGGAGGCGGCCACGCGGAAGCACGAGGCCAUCGAGACGGACAUCGGCGCGUACGGCGAGCGCGUGGCGGCCGUGGAGGCGGUGGCCCGCGAGCUGGAAAAGGAGAGCUACCACGAGGUGCGGCGCAUCGUGGCACGGCGCGACAACGUCCUGCGGCUCUGGGAGUACCUGAAGGAGCUGCUGGCGGCCCGCCGCGAGCGCCUCAACUCCCACCGUGACCUGCAGCGCCUCCUGCAGGAGAUGAGAUACAUCAUGGACUGGAUGGCCGACAUGAAGGGGCGGCUGCAGAGUCAGGACAGCGGUAAGCAUCUGCACGAUGUGGAGGACCUGCUGCAGAAACACAACCUGGUGGAGGCCGACAUCUCCGCUCAGGCCGAGAGGAUCAAAGCAGUGCAGGCCAAUGCACAGCGCUUCACCUCUGAUGGACAGAUCUAUAAGCCGUGCGACCCCGCACUGGUCAGUGAGAAGGAGGUCCAGCUGGGCCAGGCCUACGAGGAGCUGGGCCUGCUGGCCGGCUCGCGCCGCGCCCGUCUGGAGGAGUCGCGGCGCCUCUGGCAGUUCCUGUGGGAGCUGGGCGAGGAGGCGGCGUGGAUCCGCGAGCAGGAGCAGAUCCUGGCCGGCGGCGACUGCGGACGCGACCUCUCGUCGGCGCUGCACCUGCUCAGCAAGCACGAGGCCUUCCGCGACGAGAUGGCCGCCCGCUACGGCCCGCUGGGCCACAGCAUCGCCUCUGGCGAGCAGCUGGUGCGGGAGGGUCACUCCGGUGCGACCGAAGUGACCGAGCGGAUCGCCGACGUGCGCGCCCAGUGGGCUCACUUGGAGGAGACGUCCCUGCUCAGGGAACAGAGUCUGAAGGAGUCGGUGGCCCUGCACCAGUUCCAGACUGAUGCCAAUGACAUGGAGGCCUGGAUCAUGGAGACACUCCGACAGGUGUCUAGUCAGGAGGUGGGCCAUGACGAGUUCUCCACCCAGACUCUGGCCCGCAAGCAGAGGGAGGUGGAGGAGGAGAUCCAGAGCCACCGCCCUCUCAUCGACUCCCUGCACGAGCAGGCCCUCGCACUGCCCGCAUCCUUCACACGCUCACCGCAGGUGGAGGGCCGUCUGCCUGCCAUUGAGCAACGCUACGAGGAGCUGGAGUCGCUGUCGUCGGCGCGGCGCCGGGCCCUAGAGGGCGCUCUGGCGCUCUACCGCAUGUUCAGCGAGGCCGGCGCCUGCCAGCUGUGGGUGGAGGAGAAGGAGCAGUGGCUCCACAGCAUGGAGAUCCCCACCAAGCUGGAGGACCUGGAGGUGGUGCAGCAGAGGUUUGAGACUCUGGAGCCAGAGAUGAAUAAUCUAGGCACUCGCGUGACAGAUGUCAACCAGGUGGCACAACAGCUGCUGAAGUCCGACGACCGCAGCAAAACCCAGAUUAACCAGACACAAGACCAGCUCAAUAACAGGUGGAAGGAGUUCCAGCGGCUGGCUGACCAGAAGAAGCAGGCCCUGGAGUCUGCCCUCAACAUCCAGAACUACCACCUGGAGUGCAACGAGAUCCAAUCGUGGAUGAAGGAGAAGACCAAGGUGAUCGAGUCCACCCAGGGCCUGGGCAACGACCUGGCCGGCGUCAUGGCCCUGCAGCGCAAGCUCACCGGCAUGGAGCGAGACCUGGAGGCCAUUCAGGGUAAGCUGGACGAUCUGCGGAAGGAGGCAGAGAAGCUGACCGAGGAGCACCCGGACCAGGCCCAGGAGAUCCAGAUGCGCCUGGCCGAGAUCCAGGACGUGUGGGAGGAGCUCAAUGCCACCAUGAAGAAGCGCGAGGAGUCUCUGGGCGAAGCGUCCAAGCUGCAGGGCUUCCUGCGCGACCUGGACGACUUCCAGUCGUGGCUGUCGCGCACGCAGACGGCCGUGGCGUCCGAGGACAUCCCCACGUCGAUGGCCGAGGCCGAGCAGCUGCUCACGCAGCACGAGGCCAUCAAGAACGAGGUGGACAACUACCGCGAGGACUACGAGCGCAUGCGCGCCACGGGGGCCGAAGUGACCCAGGGCCAGACGGACGCCCAGCACAUGUUCCUGGCCCAGCGGCUUCAGGCGCUGGACACAGGCUGGCACGAGCUACGUCGCAUGUGGGAGAACCGCCACGCGCUGCUGGCCCAGGCCUUCGACUUCCAGACGUUCCUGAGGGACGCCAAGCAGGCCGAGGGCUUCCUCAACAGCCAGGAGUAUGUGCUGUCCCACACAGAGAUGCCCUCGAGCCUGCAGGGGGCGCUAGAGGCCAUUAAGAAGCACGAUGACUUCAUGACCACCAUGGAGGCCAGCGAGGAGAAGAUCAACGGUGUGGUCGAGGCCGGCCGCCGCCUCGUCUCCGAUGGCAACGCCAAUGCUGACAAGAUCCAGGAGAAGGCCGACUCCAUCCAGGAUAGGCACCAGAAGAAUAAGGAGACGGCCAGCGAGCUCCUGGCCAAACUGAAGGACAACAGAGAGCUGCAGCACUUCCUCCAGGAUGGACAGGAGCUCACUCUCUGGAUUAACGAGAAGAUGCUGACGGCUCAGGACAUGUCCUAUGACGAGGCCCGUAACCUCCACAGCAAGUGGCAGAAGCACCAGGCCUUCAUGGCAGAGCUGGCCUCCAACAAGGACUGGCUGGACAAGAUCGACAAGGAGGGUCAGGCCCUGGUCAGUGAGAAGCCCGAGCUGGAGCCGGUGGUGCGCCAGACGCUGGAGGGUCUGCAGAAGCAGUGGGAGGAGCUGGAGAGCACCACGCGCACCAAGGCCCAGUGUCUGUUCGACGCCAACCGGGCCGAGCUGUUCACGCAGAGCUGCUCAGCGCUGGACACCUGGCUCCAGAACCUCUCCUCGCAGCUGCAGAGCGACGACUUCGGCAAGGACCUCACCAGCGUCAACAUCCUGCUCAAGAAGCACCAGAUGCUGGAGCACCAGAUGGAGGUGCGUGAGAAGGAGGUGCAGUCGCUGCAGUCUCAGGCGCUGGCCCUGGCCCAAGAGGAUUCUGGGAUAGCGGAGGUGGACGGCCAGCAGCGGCGCGUGGCCGACAGCUUCUCCCAGCUGCAGGACCCCCUGCACCUCCGACGCCAGCAGCUCCUCGCCUCCAAGGAGGCGCACCAGUUCAACAGAGACCUGGAGGACGAGAUUUUAUGGGUGAAGGAGAGGAUGCCCCUGGCCACCUCCACAGACCAUGGCAAAGACCUGCCCAGUGUGCAGCUCCUCAUCAAGAAGAACCAGACUCUCCAGAAGGAGAUCCAGGGCCACCAGCCCCGCAUCGAUGACAUCCUGGCCCACGGCCGGAGCAUGGCGUCGGGCACGGACGGCAGCAGCGACGGCGCCGAGCGCCACGCGGCGCUGGAGGGCCGUCUGGGCGAGCUGGGCGAGCAGUGGGCGCACCUCAUCGCCGAGACGGACGAGCGGCACUCGCGGCUGCAGGAGGCCAACCGGGCGCAGCAGUUCUACGCCGACGCCGCUGAGGCCGAGGCCUGGAUGGGCGAGCAGGAGCUGCACAUGAUGUCUGAGGAGAAGGCCAAGGAUGAGCAGAGUGCGGUGGUGAUGGUGAAGAAGCACCAGAUCCUGGAGCAGGCACUGGAGGACUACGCCCAGACCAUCCACCAGCUGGCCAACAGCAGCCGCUUCAUGGUCACCAGUGAGCACCCCGAGAGUGAGCGCAUCACGCUGCGUCAGGCCCAGGUGGACAAGCUGUACGCGGGGCUGAAGGACCUGGCCGAGGAGCGGCGCGGUCGGCUGCAAGAACGCCUGCGACUCACGCAGCUCAAGCGCGAGGUGGACGACCUGGAGCAGUGGAUCGCCGAGAGGGAGGUGGUGGCCGGAUCCCACGAGCUCGGACAGGACAUCGAGCACGUCACGAUGCUGCGCGACAAGUUCCGCGAGUUCGCCCGCGACACCAGCACCAUCGGUCAGGAGCGCGUGGACGCGGUCAACGGCCAGGCGGACGACCUGAUCGAGUCGGGCCACCCGGAGAACGCCAGCGUGGCGGAGUGGAAGGACGGCCUGAAUGAGGCGUGGGCCGACCUGCUGGAGCUGAUCGACACGCGCACGCAGAUGCUGGCGGCGUCCUACGAGCUGCACCGCUUCCACCAGGACGCCCGCGAGGCACUGGGACGCGUGCGCGAGAAGCGCGAGGCGCUCAGCUCCGACCUGGGACGCGACCUCAACACCGUGCAGCACCUGCACCGCCAGCACAACGCCUACGAGCACGACAUCCAGGCACUCAGCGGACAGGUGACGCAGGUGCAAGACGACGCUGCCCGCUUGCAGAAGGCGUAUGCCGGUGAGAAGGCUGACGACAUCCACCGUCACGAACGUGCCGUCACCGAGGCGUGGGAGGGGCUUCUGGCAGCGGGCCAGGCCAGGCGACUGCUCCUAUUGGACACCGUGGAGAAGUUCCGCUUUUUCAACAUGGUGCGUGACCUCAUGCUCUGGAUGGACGGGGUUAACCUACAGAUCCAAUCACAUGACAGUCCAAGGGAUGUUUCAUCUGCUGGGCUGGUCAUUGCCAACCACCAGGACAUCAAGUCUGAAAUCGAGACCAGAGCAGACAGCUUUACCGCCUGCAAUGAGAUGGGCAACUCCCUCAUCAACAACAACCACUACGCCGCAGAUGAGAUCCGGGAGAAGCUGGUCCAGCUCCAGGCGAAGAGAGACGAGAUCAACCAGAAGUGGCAGGACAAGAUGGACCACCUGCAGAUCGUCCUGGAGGUGCUGCAGUUCAGCCGCGACGCCUCAGUGGCUGAGUCGUGGCUGGCGGGCCAGGAGCCACUGGUGCGGGCGGCCGAGCUGGGUGCCAACGUGGACGAGGUGGAGAGCCUCAUCAAGCGUCACGAGGCCUUCGAGAAGCUGGCCGCCGGCUGGGAGGAGAGGUUCACCCUGCUGGAGAAACUCACCACGCUUGAAGAGCAGGAAAGGCUGAGAAUAUUAGAGGAGGAGGAAAGAGCAAGGCGACCUCCCACACCACCCCCGGCUGAAGUGGUCGCUUCUGACAUAGAAACUGUGGCCCACGACUCUGCAGCCAGAACUAGUCUGGACCAGACUACACUCAAUCAGUCCGUAUCUGUGAAUGGAGUUCACAGUGACCAGGACACCUCACAGCAGUCGUUGUCAGUGUCAAUGUCAGAGCUCAAGAAGCCUGAUCCUAAGCCCGUGUCUAAACCUAUGUCUAAGCCCAAGGCACAGGAACGUAUGGCUCGUUGUGUCUCAGCCUGUGUCCCAGUGUUGUCGCAUCAAAUUAACGCAACUCUGCGGCAUAAGAUGCAAAUGGGCUCCGAGUCUGAGUCGGUGAACGGGCCCGGGCGCGACAGCGGCCUCCCGUCCUCGUCCCGGCACGACCCCUCGGCCACGUUGCCCGGGAAAGGGAGCGCAGAGGGCACCGAGGCCAUGGAGGGCAUGCUGUGUCGCAAGCAGGAGAUGGAGUCCCACGCCAAGAAGGCCGCCACCAGAUCCUGGCAGAACGUGUACUGCUUGCUGAGGAAGGGAAGCCUGGGCUUCUACAAGGACAACAAGAGCGCCUCCAAUGGCAUCCCGUACCACGGCGAGGUGCCCAUCAGCCUGGGCGAGGCCACCUGCGAGGUCGCCCACGACUACAAGAAGAGGAAACACGUCUUCAAGCUCCGGCUCGGAGAUGGCAAGGAGUUCCUGUUCCAAGCAAAGGACGAGCCUGAGAUGAGCUUGUGGAUCCGGGCCAUCCACUCGUCCAUGCAGUCAGGCUCCGGGGCAGCCGACCACUCCCCCGGAGGCCCUCGUGGCCUGAGCCGGGCGAUGACCAUGCCCCCCAUCUCGCCCAGCUCCGGCGACACCGGCGGAGUUACCAUGCGCAACAAGGACGGCAAGGAGAAGGACCGCGAGAAACGCUUCAGCUUCUUCGGCAAGAAGAAAUAAAACAAAACAAAAAAAACAACAAUGUCAAACACAAACGAAAACGGCAACAGCUACAACUUCCUUACUACUACAUCUACAUAAAUAGCAAAGAACACACAACCACAACAUCAAAACUCAAAAUGAACUGAUAACAGCCUGAGGAAAAAAAAAGGAAAAAAAGGCACUCUCAACUCAGUCAGAUGCAUUCUCUUUCUAUCUUUAGCCCUCUGUUUCUUUUCCCUUCUCUCUCUCUCUUUCUUUCUUUCUUUCUUUCUUUCUUUCUUUCUUUCUGUGUGUUCUGGUCAAAGAGAGUGUCACUGAAUGUGUUGCUCCAAACUGAUGUCUCCUUCAAUAUUUCUGUCUUUUAUCUAUUUAUUGUCUCUUCAUUUUUCAGACAGCUGUCCAUCAGUUGGACCCUAUGUUAGGCCUGCCUCUUGGCUAAGAUGCCAUUUGUUGGACAAUUAGAGAAGGUCUUGUGAGCAUCAGGAAAUGUAAGGUCUGUAGUCUUAAAACAGUGGCUGUUGCCACUACACUUUUUAAAAAAGGCUAAUUUUAUUAUUUUGUGGGCAGGGGGUGGGGGGUGGGGUGAUGCACAGGUGGAGCUUACAAACAGCCUCCCUGGCGCCUAGAAAUACUCUGUGUGUGUAAUAAUCCAGAUAUUUCCCCCUCGACUCCUCUCCGCUUUCAAGUUAGCGUUGAGGUGCCUGAUCUGGUAAGGCUUGCUGUUGUGUGAGUCAGGCCUGCUGUUCUAAACUGCAGAUCACCUGGAUGAAAGGUGCUCUCCAGCACCCUUUUUAAACUCUCCCAUUCGCUGCACUGCUCUUUCUUUUUCUUUCUUUCAUCUUUUUCUUCUCGGUUGACUCUUUCCUGCUCUCUCUCUCUCUCUCUCUUUGUGAAGGAUCACAUACUCAUUUUGUUCUUUUUUGGUAUUGGUGUUAUUUGCAUUACCAAUAAUUAUUACUGUUAUUAUUAUUAUCAUUAUUAUUAUUUAUCUUUUUGCUGUUGCAGAUUUUGAGAAAAUAUUUAAAGAAAUUGUAAGUAUAGAUAGUCCUGUUGUAAGAGGUGAAAAGAAAAUCUGAUUGGUUGAAACAGUGGGACCAUGUUGGUCGCUGUUCUCUUAUUUCUGUUUGUGCACAGACUUCUCCAUUAGGGAAAUGGCCUAAAUUGCAAGAUGUUUUCUUUUUUAAAAAAUAAAAUGGUGCAGUUGUGUUUUGCAGUGUGCAGGAAUUAACAAAAUACAGCAUCAUUUGGGUGGGGGGGGGACUCAAUUUUUUUUUAAAGUGGUUUUAUUAUUUUCUUUGUCUGAAUAGAUCUUAACCUAAUGCUCUUUCUAUCUCUCUUUUUGAUUUUAUUUUAUUUUCAAUUUUUCUGUUGUCUUUAUUUUCUCCUCCCCCAUUGUUUCCUAAGACAGUCAAGAAUUUGGUUUGUUGUGAGGGUGAGGUUAUUUUUUUUAUUAUUUCUUGUGGUGCCGUGGUUUUGCACACAGUUUGCUUUUUAGUUUGGUUCGGAGGCAUCUGCGUGGGUGCUUAUCCCUCAACCACACCCCCACAAACAGACACAGACACACAUACUUGCAGUGACGUGCAACACACUAUUUGAGGGGUUUUCUUCUCUUUUCUUUCUCUCGACUCUUUUUUUUCUGUUUGUUUGGCUUGACGAUGUAGUUGAUAAUGAUAAGUUUCUAAUUAAACGUUCCUUAGUUGAUCAUCAGGUUUCAGUCUCACUGUUCACACACACACACACACACACACACAGACACACACACACACAUACUGUAUAUCUCCUUCUCUCUCUCUACACCCUUUCCCCCUCCUUCUCUCCCCACCACAGUUGUAAGCUGUUUUGGAGGUGUUCUUUAUUGUAAAAAUGCAAAGGAAUAUCAGACAAUGCACAAACGGUAAGAAAAAUGUGUUCUCUGAGAGGGAGAAUUAGAAGGGGAAAAAAAACAACAGUAGACUUGGCGGAAAAAAAUACAGGAAAAAAAGCUGAACUUCUAUUUUUGUAAUGAUUAAAGAAACAGGGCGUGCCACACUGUAGUUCUCUCAAGGGCAUCAAAACACGAAUGUCGAAUGUGAAAGAGAGAGGAGGCACUGGAGGAGAGUGUGACGAACUAUUCGACACCUCCCCUUUGAAAUACCUGAUGGAGUUACCAUAGCACCUGAGACUCCCAAAAUCUUUCACAAUGAUGCUCGGCCUUCUGCUGAACAACGUGGAAUGUCAGUUGAUGUCAAAACUUAUUCUGUCAUCCUGUUGGUAAUGGGCUAAAGUCUUAAUUGGCCAAGUCUGACACCAGUUAAACCAGGGCUGGACAAUGUGUGUGUGUUUGUGAAAGCAGGAUGGUCACCGUGUUGCCCUCACGAAGAGAGAGGAUGAUUUUUCGUAGUUUGUAGAGGAGCAUGCGAUUAGUUCCUACUCUACCUGGUGUGGCAUGAUAUUCGACUAUUUUUGUAGGCAGAUGAUCAUUCGUACGUUUUUUUUUUUUUUCGCCCUUCAUCCUCUGGUUUGGGAGUUGUGUUGCGCUGUAGCCAUCUCGCUAUGCUUUUUUCGUUGGGACUCGUUCACUUGGUGGCGUGGCGUUAGACGUUGUGGUCCGAUGUCGAGAGUCCUUGUACAGUGAAGCCCCUUUUUUAUGUGAAGGAGUGGAGUAUGAGACUAAGCUCCUGGGGUCACGGUUAAAUCCAUCCCCACUUGUUUUCCCCGCCUCUAGGGGUCCUUUUUGAGUGGUGCGCUCAGGGCACAGUGAAAGAAACAACCCACUCAAUAGUUAAUUCUGACAGUGAAAGCCUUUGAGGAGCCUUGAGAUGGCCCAAGAAACUAUUCUUCAUCUGGUGUUCAGUUGGUUGAUUAUUUCCCAGGUCAAUUGUGAAGUGUAAGGAGAGAUGACAAACUAAACAUUUGAAUCCAAACUUACUGAAGAUAUUUGGGAAUCAGGACAAUAUUCAAGUGUUAUUUCUAGAUUAUCCCAUCUCCACAUAUGUGAUCUAGGAAUGAAUUGUCUUUGUGAUUAGAAAUGGCAAAAUGUUGAGUUGUGAUUGGAUCAGGGUGCUCUCAGUUUAACAGCCAGUCAGAAAUAUUGACCAUCGGACAGGAACAGCAGCCGUGAUUGGCUUCUUCAGUAGAUGCCAGACCUCAGAUUCCACGCCACCACACAGGACAGGCAGCAUUCGCUUGUGUGUGUGUGUGUGACUGACAAGAAGCUGCCAGUCCAGUCAUGCUCAGUAGACUUCCUCAUGGCGAGACGGUAGACUUCAUGAAGAGACUCCAGUAGCAGUAUCCUCCCCCCCCUCUGUGAAAUGACGUUUAGAGAGACACAUGUACACUAAUGGGGGUUGAGUUGAGCUCGUUCACUGCCAUUGCCUUGCUACAACGAGCGCCUGUUGAGUUACACUGGGGCUCCACUGGAUCUGAGCAAAAUCUGGCUCUGAACUGAUGGGUCUAAAGUUAAGUGAGUUUACUGCCAGUGGUGGCUGCCUGUUUGGGUUAGUUUCGCCACACUGAUCCCACACGAGGCCCUCUGCUGGUUGUUUGAGGAAUCUACUGCAGGUUUGGGGUCAGGUUAGGCCCAGCGUUUGCCAAAUAAAACUGUGAUGUAUAGCAUGAAUGUCCGUUGUGAAUCAUUAUGACUCCAGUGACUCCAGACCAAGACGAAAUAAACAGGUCGGUUUAGAACGGUAACAUGUUGCAGUAGGUUAACAGAAUGGCUUUGGUUUAGUUUCAAAUCAUGCCCAUGGUUCUGUUUAUUCAUGCUGUCUCAUGUUCUUUCUCUCUCCGUCUUUCUGUCCCUCUCACAUUCAAUCACUCAUUCCAACAUGCACUGUCCAUCUUGACCAUAUCAACCAGAAAACGUCUCGUCUAAUGUCCAUCUCUAAUUCUCAUGCACGCAUACAGACACACACACGCACACAUACACACUUAGAAGGGUGACACCUGUGUUGAAAGUGUUUUAGCUGAUGUCCCAGUUUCAGAGGAGGGAUGCGAUUCGGCCAUUUGUGAAGUGUGGUGUGAAGGAACCGCAGAAAGGGGGUCAGGCUGUUUUAUUUAUGGUGGACAGACGCAUGCAGAGGGUGUAGGUGUGUUGCAGGUGUGUGAGAUGAAUGUACAAGUAUGUAUUGCAGAGCCCCAAGUGAGGUAGGAAAUGGCAAGGAGUAAAGGUCUUUUUUUAAUGCAAUACAGCUCAAAAAACAUUUACAAUAUAAACUUGACAUUAUGCAGAUGAACCAGACACAACAUAAGUGAUUUAGAUGAGGAAAAAAUGUAGCUUCCUUUUUUUGAGUGUUAGACAGAUAAGGUAAGCUGUCUUGUGGGGAUUGUAUUUUGCUCAUCCAGUGGCACGUCUGUAAGCCUCCAUUAGCCUUCUGAUCCACCCACCUCAUGUUUUGUUUUAAUUUUUUAAACAGGAGGGUUGCUUCCUCCUUCUGUGACUUCAACUAAUUUUGAGUUGUUAAUACCACUACUAUGAUUAAUUAUUAUAAAACUCUUAUGAUGAUGAUGAUUAUUAUUGCUACUGUUAUUACUACUACUGUUACUACUGCUACUUAUUACUACAAACUAUUACUGCUGUCCAUUUUCAGGUACUUGUCUGUAAUACCAGACCUUUCCACCAGAGGUCAGUGUGCUGUGGAGCAUUUUCAUUACGGAAUCAAAACAGAAAAUGUUUGUUGACUUGUGUAUCUACAUCUAAUAUUAGGAAUAAUAAAACAUGGUUUAAAA